GAAAAAGUCGUAACAAAUAAAGGAACAUAAUUUGCGGUGUUAGAUUCAAAAUGUUAACAAGUCUUUUGCAAGGAAGAUGUGUGCGAUUGAACUGGAAGUCGGUCGUGUUUUUGAUGAUGUCGCUCAUAUUAUCGCAUAUACGAAUUACACAAUCAUCCGUAAAUUCCAAUAAUCCAGAAGUAACUCCUACAAAACUGGAGAAAAUAAGUUCCGACAUUGACCGGUCGGCUGUCACCAUCAAUUCGAAUACCAAAUCAUCUUCUGAUACAAGCCACUGCCCCAACGAAACUCUCUGCACGGACCUGCCGAACUCCUGCCUACAGUGUACCUACAUUCCCCAGUGCAGAUACGGGGCCGAAAUCAACGUUUCCUGCCUCCCGAAAACGAAUGUUGUCUGCCACGGAGAUAUGCUAAAGACGACGGCUAACCCAACCGAAGUCAAGCGACCCAUGAUCUGUCGUUACUGCUAUCAGACCGAACGAUGGGAACACAACUGCGAGCAGAAGGGUGGAUGCAAUUCGAUCGACUCGCAGUACAAGACCAACUGCACCGUGCACCCGGAAAUACUGUGCAUGGGCAAUCGGACGUUCAUGAAAAAGAUCCCGUGCAAUUGGACGCAGGGCUACCGUUGGUCGACGACGCUUAUUGUGAGCAUUACCCUCGGCGGGUUUGGGGCCGAUCGGUUUUUCUUGGGCCACUGGCAGGAAGGCAUCGGCAAGCUGUUCAGUUUCGGUGGAUUGGGCGUAUGGACGUUGAUCGAUGUACUGCUCAUCUCGCUGCACUAUCUGGGACCGGCGGAUGGGUCGCUGUACAUCUAAGGUACACAUUUUCUGAAAACAUCUUACUAGUAAGGCUAAAUUGUGAUACGACGUGUUAGUAGAAAUAAACUCAACCAUACA